AUGGGCUUCCUUAUUUGGCUCAACAAGAGGUUUCUCUAUGACCUAUACACCUCUAACUACCGUGAGAGAAAAAUUGUGGUGACCCCGUUUGAAGAAGUUAUUAGUCAAGGAGUUAGAGUGCGGGAGAACUCCCUCGUCAGCCAAUUACUUGAUGCAAAAUUGCCGUAUCUAGUCAUCUAUCGUCUUAUAGAGAAGAUUUGGGGUAGAAUUGAAAUGCCAACAAUUACUCUGAUGGAGAAUGGGCUCAUCUACUUUCAAUUCAAACAUCUAAAGUCGAUAGAGUGGAUCUUAUCCGGUGGCCCAUGGCACCUUGGAGGAAAACCUAUGCUCCUCCGCAAAUGGACUCCAGGUAUAGUUCCUGAAUCCUUUGUCUUUAAUUCAGUUCCUGUUUGGAUAAAGUUAGGGAGGAUUCCGUUGGAGCUAUGGACGGAUGCUGGUUUGGCUGUGGUAGCGAGUGCAAUAGGAAAACCUCUUUCAGUUGAUCUUGCUACUAAAGAGAGGCGUCAUCUUUCUUAUGCCCGUAUAUGUGUGGAAUUGAAUGUGGACAGUAUUAUGCCUGCCGAAGUAACAGUCAACCUUAAAGGAGAGGAAUUUAUUGUAACUGUCACUUAUGAGUGGAAACCGAAAAAAUGUAACUUGUGUCGAUCUUUUGGACACUCGCAGAACACCUGCCCUAAGAAAAGAGGCAAUGAAGAUAGUAAAAAGGAAUCUGCAAGUAAAGAGGUUCCUGUUAAAGAGGUUGUUCCUACUAAAGAGGUGGUUCCAGAUUGUGGGGAGUAUGGAGAUGUUGUGUUGGAAUCCUUCCAACACAUGGAAGAAGGAGAAAUUAUUACCAUAAACUGCCUGAAAAGGUGGAGGUAA